CUUCUCAAAGUUCUUUGUUCCUCUCCUUGUUUCUUCCACCGCCACCACCUCAAAGUAUAUCUCAAACCAAACCUUACUGUACCUUUACUCUUUCGAGAGAGAGAGAGAGAGAGAGAGAUUCUCAGAUUUUAGGCUUGCGAGAAAAAAGUGUGUGUUUGUGUUUUCCGAAGAAGCUAGAAAAGAGAAAAGGAAGGUCUGGUUUUUGGCAAUUUUGGGAGCUGAAAAAUACAGGACUUUAAGCGAGCAAGUAGGAAAGAGAGUGACUCUGGAGUCUAGACCAAAACUGUUUUGACAGAACCAAACAAUAUCAACUACCUGAAACAAGAUGACCCAACUUUAAAGAAACUUCCUUGAACUUUUGAUUCAAGUUGAUCUGUUUACUACCAGAUAUAAGAGCACGAAAAUGGGUUGCUGUUAUUCAAGAGUGGAGAGGGAAGAGAUCGUGUCACGAUGCAAAGCAAGGAAGAAGUACAUGAAGCAGCUAGUCAGGGCAAGGCAAGCUUUCUCGGCUGCCCACAGCUUGUACCUUCGAUCUCUUCGCAGUACAGGCUCAGCUCUGCUCCAGUUCGCCAAUGCCGAAACCAAUCUCCACCACCACCAUGCCCCACUGCCGCUUCCCCCUCCUACUCCUCCGCCUCCGCCAAUGAGCCCCAGCUCCGACACGUGGACGUCUAUAACUGCUUCCCCGGCUCUUCCGCCGCCGCCUCCACCUCCGCCGGCGUCGUCCACCUGGGAUUACUGGGACCCAUUUGUGCCGCCUUCGUCGUCCGCCGUGACGGAGGAAGAGUGUGAGGAGACCCCGAUGACGGCUUCGGAGGCUGUGGCCACGACCACCACCGCCGCAGCGAUCAACACGCCGCCACCUUCGGUGAUCAAUGGGCUCUCUAAAGACACCACCGCCACGAGUGAGCUCGCCAUGGUAGUGUCAAGGAAUAGUAAAGAUCUCGUCGAGAUUAUGAAGGAGCUUGACGAGUACUUUCUCAAGGCCGCUGAUGCUGGUGGUCAGGUCUCCUCACUUUUGGAAGUUUCAAGCUCCAGCUGUUCUACUCAAGGUAGUAAAGAAGGAAAAGUUUACAAUCAUGGAUUCAGUUUGAGUCCAUCGUUGUGGACAUGGGGUUUGAAUUCAAAAUUGUUUGAUUUUGAGAAGAUUGGAGGUGGGGAAAUGGUGGGAAGUGGCGUUUUGGUUGGGGGUAUUGCCGGCGACAGCCACUGUUCAACUGUGGAGAGGCUCUAUGCUUGGGAGAAGAGAUUGUACCAGGAAGUCAAGACUGCAGAGACCAUAAAGAUAGAGUAUGAGAAGAAGGUGGGGCAGCUGAGGAAGCUUGAGGUGAAGAGGGAUGACUAUGUGAAGACUGAGAAGAACAAGAAAGAGGUUGAAAAGUUGGAAUCCCAAAUGAUGGUUGCUUCCCAGGCAAUAGAAACCACCUCUGAUGAGAUCAUCAAAUUAAGGGAAACCGAACUCUACCCACAACUCAUUGGCCUUGUCAAAGGAUUGAUGUGCAUGUGGAGAAGCAUGUAUGAGUGUCACCAAGUCCAAACCCACAUAGUUCAGCAGCUGAAAUACCUCAAUACCAUCCCUUCGACUGAGCCAACAUCCGAGAUUCACCGGCAAUCAACGCUCCAGCUUGAGCUUGAGGUCCAGCAAUGGCACCAGUCCUUUUGCUAUCUUAUUAAGGCCCAAAGGGAUUACAUCCAGUUGCUCGCAGGUUGGCUUCGGCUUAGCCUCUUCCAGAUGAGCAAAAAUCCGCUAUCUAGAACUGGUGAUCAGGAAUCCAGAAUUUAUUCUCUUUGUGAAGAAUGGCACGUUGCAGUUGACCAUAUCCCAGACAGGGUGGCAUCUGAAGGAAUCAAUAGCUUCUUAACAGUAAUCCAUGCCAUUGUGGUUCAACAAGCAGACGAGCAUAAGCAGAAGAAGAAGUCAGAAUGUGCAUUUAAAGACCUCGAGAAGAAAGUGAAUGAGCUUAGAUCACUCGAGAGUAAGUAUGGGCGAUAUUCCACGCCAGAAUUCUCUGUCACUACAGGCGGAAAGGACCCAGUUGCAGAGAAGAGAGCCAAGGUGGAGAUCUUGAGAGCAAAGGCAGUGGAGGAGAAAACCAAGCACGAAAAAUCGGUCAGCAUAACAAGGGCAAUGACACUGAAUAAUCUUCAGAUGGGCUUUCCACAUGUGUUUCAGGCGGUAGAGGGGUUUUCCAGCGUGUGUACUCAAGCGUUUGAAUCAGUAUGCAACAAAGCCAAAAGUGCUGGUGAGGAGCAUGAUGUGAAGAGGAUACUAGCUUGAGGAGAAAACCCAGAUUUGGAAAAACGAGAGUGGUGGUUUUGUGAAUAGAUCAAGUGCGUCGUUUUGGGUGUGACAAAACUGAACUGCACCGCAGCAGCAGCAGCAGCAGCAGGAGGUUGCAGGAUUCUUCCCUACGCAAGUCCUUUCUGCACAGUAGUUAAAAGUACAAAGUAAUGGAAGAAUUCACGACCUCGGAGCCUCUGGCCGUAUUCUUUCUUCAUCUCUUCUCGGAGCGGGAGGCAGCUGGUGGUUUGCCGUUCACCUAGGUAGGAGUUUUUUUUUUUUUUUUAAUUAUUAUUAUUAUUACAAUUUUAUUCCUUGGUUUUGUCUUUGCCAUAAGUUAUAACAGUUUGCAUGCUUGUAUUUUUACAUCAAUGUUUUGUAUUAUAUUUCUAAUGAAGGGUUGU